GGGAGAGCAGGAGGAAGCAGGCUUGUUUGGCUGUGAGAGCAGAGAGGUCUGAGAGGGCUCUGGUUCAUGCUGCUGCUCCUGGGCCGCACCGCGUCGCUGUCACCCGCCCAGGCCCGCCCGCUCCACGCCAAGCUCCGCCAGCUCGGCAGCGCCGUCCUCGGGACCACCGUCUUCGGGAGAACCGUCCUCGGGAGCACCUUCUCCGGGAGCACCGUCCUCGGGAGGACCGGCCGGAACGCAGCAGCAGCCAUGCCCGAGAAGAGGCCCUUCGUGCGGCUGCCCGCAGACGUGUCCCCCGUCAACUACGGGCUGUGUCUGCAGCCCGACCUGCUCGACUUCACCUUCGAGGGCAAGCUGGAGGCGCUGGUGGAGGUCACACAAGCUACAAAUCAGAUUGUGAUGAACUGUGCUGACAUUGACAUCAUCACGGCAUCUUUUGCAGCACAGGGAGGAGAUGAAAUUAACGCCACAGGAUUCAACUAUCAAAAUGAGGAUGAGAAAGUCACUCUGUCAUUUCCUAGUGCUCUACAGAAAGGCUCCGGCACAUUGAAGAUAGACUUUGUUGGGGAACUGAACGAUAAAAUGAAAGGAUUUUAUAGAAGUAAAUAUACAACUCCUGCUGGAGAGGUCCGGUACGCUGCUGUCACACAGUUCGAGGCCACCGACGCUCGGAGGGCCUUUCCCUGUUGGGAUGAACCCGCUAUCAAAGCCACCUUUGACAUCGCUCUGAUAGUUCCCAAGGACCGAGUCGCCUUGUCAAAUAUGAAUGUUAUCGAUCGAAAGCCAUUCCCAGAGGAUGAAAACCUGGUGGAAAUUAAGUUUGCCACCACACCCAUCAUGUCCACGUACCUUGUAGCGUUUGUCAUUGGUGAAUACGACUAUGUGGAGAGCCAGUCGUCAGAUGGGAUUACGGUACGCGUCUACACGCCAGUCGGGAAGUCAGAACAAGGGAAGUUUGCUUUGGAGGUUGCAACUAAGACCUUACCUUUCUACAAAGACUACUUCAAUGUUCCAUACCCACUGCCUAAAAUUGAUCUCAUUGCUAUUGCGGACUUUGCUGCUGGUGCCAUGGAGAACUGGGGCCUUGUUACCUACAGGGAGACGGCUUUGCUAAUUGACCCCAAGAACUCGUGCUCGUCGUCCAAGCAGUGGGUGGCUCUGGUGGUGGGCCACGAGCUCGCCCAUCAGUGGUUUGGAAACCUGGUCACCAUGGAGUGGUGGACCCAUCUGUGGCUUAAUGAGGGAUUUGCAUCCUGGAUCGAGUAUCUGUGCGUAGACCACUGCUUCCCCGAGUACGACAUCUGGACCCAGUUCGUCUCAGCAGAUUACACCCGCGCUCUGGACUUGGAUGCCCUGGACAGCAGCCAUCCCAUAGAGGUGAACGUGGGUCAUCCCUCGGAGGUGGAUGAAAUCUUUGACGCCAUCUCCUACAGCAAAGGAGCGUCCGUGAUCCGCAUGUUGCACAAUUACAUAGGAGAUGAGGACUUUAGGAAAGGAAUGAAUGCCUAUCUUUUAAAGUUCCAACAUAAAAAUGCAUCAACAGAGGACCUGUGGGACUGUCUGGAACAGGCUAGUGGGAAACCCAUUGCUGCGGUGAUGAGCUCGUGGACCAAGCAGAUGGGCUUCCCUAUAAUAGUAGUUGAUGAGGAACAGCAAGGUGACGAUCGCAUCCUCAAGAUAUCUCAAAAGAAGUUCUGUGCCAGCGGACCACAUAACAGUGAGGAGGAGUGUCCGAGCUGGAUGGUUCCCCUCAGCAUUUGUACCAGCGAGGAUCCUAAAUGCUCCAAGCUCAAGGUUCUGCUGGACAGACCGGACACGACCAUCACCCUGAGCAGCGUCAGCCCCGACCACUGGGUCAAGAUAAACCCCGGCACUGUGGGUUUCUAUCGUAUCCAGUACAGCUCGUCCAUGCUGGAGAGCCUGCUGCCCGGAGUCAGAGACCUGAGCCUGCAGCCCGUGGACCGGCUGGGCCUGCAGAACGACCUCUUCUCCCUCUCUCGUGCAGGGAUGAUCAGCACGGUGGAGGUGCUGAGGCUGAUGGAAGCCUUCGUCAACGAGCCCAACUACACGGUGUGGAGCGACCUGAGCUGCAACCUGGGAGUGCUGUCCUCGCUGCUGUCCACCACCGACUUCCACGAGGACAUCCAGGAGUUCAUCCGGGACCUGUUCACCCCCAUCGGCCUCAAGCUGGGCUGGGACAGCAAGCCCGGAGAAGGCCACCUGGACGCCCUGCUGAGAGGUCUGGUCCUGGGGAAGCUGGGCAAGGCCGGACACAAACCCACACUGGAGGAGGCCAGACGGAGAUUUAAGGACCACGUCGAGGGCAAGCAGGUCCUGCCUGCAGAUCUGAGGAGCCCGGUGUAUCUGACGGUGCUAAAACAUGGAGACAGUACCACACUGGACACGAUGCUGAAGCUGCACAAGCAAGCAGACAUGCAGGAAGAGAAGAAUCGAAUUGAGCGGGUUCUCGGGGCCAUCUCUGCUCCCGACCUCGUCCAGAAAGUGCUCAGCUUCGCUCUCUCGGAGGAGGUUCGUCCUCAGGACACGGUAUCUGUAAUCGGAGGAGUGGCAGGAAGCGGCAAACAAGGCAGGAAAGCUGCGUGGAAGUUUGUCAAGGACAACUGGGAGGAGCUUUACAACCGCUACCAGGGAGGCUUCCUCAUAUCACGACUCAUUAAGCUCACAGUUGAUGGAUUCGCCAUCGAUAAAAUGGCUGCAGAAGUUAAGAGUUUCUUCGAGAGCCACCCGGCCCCGGCCGCCGAGCGCACGGUGCAGCAAUGCUGCGAGAACAUCCUCCUCAACGCCGCCUGGCUGAAGCGGGAUGCAGACGACAUCCAGCAGUAUCUACUGCAGCGCAAGGGGCCCCCCGUCUGAGCUGCUCCACCUGCCUCCUCCUCCUCCCCCCCCAGCAUCAUAGCUGCUUCGCCCCGCCUCGCCCCCUCCCCCCUUCAAACUACAGACCAGAGCAGGAGACCAGAGCAUACUCGCAAAAAACUGUACGAACCAAGAUGACAAAGCCAAGAACUGGAGAGUUUUGGAAAGAUGAGGAGCCUCUUUCUACAUUAACAAGCAAAACUCCAUUUUAGUCAGACCAGGAAUGUAGUUUUACCCCCAUUCUGUCCACGAGCAGAGGACACGCGUGCGUGUCGCCAUGCAGCGUUGUUAAGCUGGUGCUCAGCGUAGUUGCAGGAACAGCACGGCCCGCGGUUAUGAUCUUCAUCACAUGCUCAAACCCUCGACCCACCUCUGCAUCGUAGCUGAGAAGACUGAGAGCGUUUCCUACCCAUUUGUUUCUGCUGCCACUCAUGUGGACUGUAUGAAGUGUUUCAGCUUUUCUUCAUCUCACUAAGUUCUAUGUGCAAACGGUGACAUUUCAGAUUUAGUCUUUACCUCUCCUCAGUUUGUUUCUCCCCCCUUUCCCCCCUUGUCUUCAGAGCGUUGUGAUUGAGAGAAAGCAGCAGGUACCUGGGCAGAAUGGGGUUAAUAACAGUAGUGUGUUGUAGUUCCCAGCAGCACUGAUUUGUCCAUUGCUAAUAAACGGUUAAGACGAGGCAAGCAGCACUAGCAUGGUACUCCGUUGUAAACUGUAUAAUGCAAACGGUUUUUUGUUGGGUUUUUUUUUUUUUUUUUUUUUUUGUUGUUGGUGUUUUUUUUGCUGAUGUUCUUUUAAAACAAAUGAUGGCAACGUUUCAUAACAACCCGGUUCCUCCCUUCAUCUGCCUGAAAGAAAACCUUCAAGCUCUAUUCAGAAUCUAUCAUUUCAAUCAUCCAGCAGCAUAUUUAUUCCUGUUUCUUUAUCCGUCUCCAACAAAUGAAGAAUCAGGAGUGUUUUUAUAAGACAUCAGGUGCAGUGAUUUAUUUAAAUGUUUAGAUAAUCUUAUAUUCUGUGAACACGUAAAGAAAAAGAUCACAACACUACUUAUCGGGGCCUUUUCAUUCAUCAGUAACAUCAGGACACGCAUCAUCGUAGCGUCUGGCGAGGCCCGCUCCAGAAUCCCUGGACGUGACGGAUCGACUUUGACUUCACUGUCGAACUUGGAAGCCUUAAAUUGGUCCACUGGUUUGCAGUAAAUAUUGAACAUUUGAAGUGAUAAGAGGUGACUUCCACAUAAUAUGAAAUAUAUCUAAUGUGACAGAUUAUGCAGACUUGUUGAACGAGUAUAUCUACAUAGAAUUUAUAAUUUGUUGUGUUUUUUUGGAAACACACCAACCAAGUCAUCAAGCGUAUUUUCGAGACACUUCCCCUUGGAACAUUUGUUGUUGUUCUUUUUCUUUUCUUUUCUUUUUUUUUUUGUUAAACUACAGUUGGUGAUCAUUAAAGUGCAAAAGGAUUCUAAAAACACCUGAUGUGAAAUCUGUACAUGUUGAUUUUUGAGUGAUGUGUGAAUGCCGAUGCCUGAAGACAAAUUCAAAUUUCUAUGAAUGAUCUCACGUAAGCGCAGAGAUUCUAGCCGCAUGUACACAGAUGGAUAAUGUUUAUACAUAACUGCUGAAUUAGGAGAGUAAAAUGUGUGCAUAUUGACAUGAUCUCAGAGGGGAAGCUGAAACUGUAAUGGAUGUUCAGGCAGCUUUAAGUUUGUUUUUGUUUUGUUUUUUAUCAUGCUGAGACGUUAAAUGUUUGUCCGUUUGAAAAUAAUCUGAUUUUUAGUUCAAUAUGUGGAAUUUCUUUGUGGUUUUAAAUCUGGAGAGGAGGAGAAGCUGUUGUCCAGGACAGCUUUUCAAAUAGAUGUUGCCAAGGCAAUUGUAUAUAUGCAGUCUAAUAAAGUAACACUUGAUGAUAA